CCGGGCGCUGCCCCCUGCAAAUGGCGGCGCGGAGGCCGGGCGUGCUGAGCUGAGGCGGGAGGUGCCGCCAUGGAGCACAUCACCACCCCAAAGGUUGAAAAUGUGAAAUUACUAGAUCGCUAUAUGAAUAGGAAGGCAGCAAAUGGGACGUUGUACCUGACAGCCACCCACCUCAUCUAUGUUGAAGCUUCUGCUGAAGUCAGAAAAGAAACAUGGAUUCUGCAUCACCAUAUUGCAACUGUAGAAAAGCUGCCUCUGGCCACGGCUGGGUACCCGCUCCUCAUCCACUGCAAGAACUUCCACGUGGCUCACUUUGUCAUCGGGCAGGAACGUGACUGUCACGAAGUCUAUACCUCCUUGCUUAAACUUUCCCAACCAGUGAAACCUGAAGAACUUUAUGCUUUCUCUUAUAAUCCUAAAAUGUCUAAAGAGAACCGGGAGAUCGGAUGGAAGCUGAUUGACUUAAAAGUAGAUUACCAGCGUAUGGGAAUUCCAAACGACUACUGGGAAAUAACGGAUGUUAAUAAGGACUAUGAGGUUUGCAACACCUAUCCCCCAGAAAUAGUGGUGCCUCGAGCCGCUAAUAAGGCAGUGGUGAUCGGAAGCUCAAGGUUCAGGAGCAGAGGGCGGAUUCCGGUGCUUUCCUACUUGUAUAAAGAAAACAAUGCUGCCAUAUGCCGCUGCAGCCAGCCCCUCGCCGGGUUCAGCGCCCGCUGUCUGGAGGAUGAACAGAUGCUGCAGGCCAUCAGAGAAGCCAACCCUGGGAGCCCCUUCAUGUAUGUUGUUGACACGAGGCCAAAGUUAAAUGCCAUGGCCAACCGAGCUGCUGGGAAGGGUUAUGAGAAUGAAGAUAAUUAUGAUAACAUUCGCUUUAAAUUUAUUGGCAUAGAAAACAUCCAUGUGAUGCGGAGCAGCUUGCAGAAACUCCUGGAAGUGUGUGAAAUGAAGUCACCUUCAAUGAGUGAUUUCCUCACUGGGCUGGAGAACUCAGGGUGGUUACGGCACAUUAAGGCUGUGAUGGAUGCAGGCGUCUUUCUUGCCAAGGCCGUGAAAGAUGAAAAAGCCAGUGUGUUGGUGCACUGCUCCGACGGGUGGGAUCGCACGGCACAGGUCUGCUCCCUGGCCAGCCUCCUCUUAGAUCCCUUUUACAGGACUUUUAAAGGCUUCAUGGUUCUAAUAGAAAAGGAGUGGAUUGCGAUGGGCCACAAGUUCUCACACAGGUGUGGCCAUCUGUGUGGAGACCCCAAAGAGGUGUCCCCUGUCUUCACUCAGUUCGUUGACUGUGUCUGGCAGCUCAUGCAGCAGUUCCCCUGCACCUUUGAGUUCAAUGAGCGUUUCCUUCUCGAAAUCCAUGACCACGUCUACUCCUGCCAGUUUGGCAACUUCCUUGGGACCUGUCAUAAGGAGCGGGAGGAUCUCAAAAUCUUUGAGAAGACCCAUUCUCUGUGGCCUUUCCUCUUACAGAAGAAGCAGGAACUGAGAAAUCCUUUGUACAAAGGAUUUACAGCUUACAAAGAGCUUCAACCAAACACGUUACCUUUCAGUUUCCAGUUUUGGUGUGGGAUGUACAAUCGCUUUGACAAAGGAAUGCAUCCAAAACAGUGUGUUUUGGAUCAUCUGCUGAGCUGCGUGAGCCAGAAGGUGAAACUGGAGGACAGUGCAUCUGAACUGGAAAACAAACUUCCUUUUCUUGAUGGUCCUUUGCCCAGUGAUGGUUGCUCCUUAUCUAAAGUAGGACCCGCUGCUUCAAAAACCCCGAUGGUCAACACUCCUCAGGGUUACGAAGGGGACCCACCUCCUGCCUUGAGCAACGGCGCCGCAGGAGGGGACGGGGACGUUCUCUCGGACGUGGACCAAAGGAACAAAGAGAACCUGUCUCCUCCCCAGGACCUCCCCAGCCACACCAUCCAGGUGUCAGACUCUGAAAUGAAGGAGGGAAAGCCUCGGCACCACUGAUCCGUCCGCUGGGAGAACUGGUGGGUGACCCAGGCGAGGUGGUGGCGAGGCAUCAGGGAGCUGUGUCCCCCCGAGGGCGCAGACCCCGCAGCGCUGCCGUGUGAGUAGGUGUUUGCAGGGAGCUGUGCUCGCUGCCCAGAAGAUGGUUUGGUUCCAGUGCUUUGCUGCCACGAUGACGAAGACGCGCACGGAGCUGCCCGGGAGGCUGCCCUGAGUUAGCACAAACCUUGUUUUUUUGGUGGAAGCACUAUGUGUGUUGGAGGUUUGUGACCACCAGCCAGCGCUGGUUUUCCAAGCUGAAAGAAAUCUUGGCCAAUUAACAUGAGGUUUAGGACUUGUGCAGUGUUUAUAACUGGAGGAAGAAAGAUGCAAACCGUUUAUUCUCAGUGCUGGUACAAGGUCAUCUUAAAAUGAUAAAAAAUUUCAGUUCAUCUUAAAAUGAGGAAAAAAAAAAAAGUCUUUUCUUAGCUGUGAAUGAAUCUGCAUGGACCCUCACCUUGUGGCAGAACUGAUUCAGUUUUUUUUUUUGUUUCCUAUGCAUAUUUGUUAAACAAAACACCCCCCUGUGCCUUUUUAUGGAGACUGUUUUCAUGUCCAGCCCCGCAAUGUACUGUUUUUAUUAUUGUAGUGUAGAGUGUAGUACUUGGUCUUCUUUGUAGUCAGUAUUUUUAAACCAGGUUUUUUAUCUGCUGCCGGCUUCUCCAGGAUCUUUGCUGACCCCCUGAGUUUAGUAGCUUCUGUCUAAGCCAACCUUUCAAAGAAUAAGCUUUUAUGGACCACAUUUACUGAUUGUGAGAGUGCAGAAAGCCACACAGAUGGCUUGUAACACGUGAAUUUUUUGACAGAGGGAGGAUUAGAAAUGAGAAAAGAUAGGAAAAAAACUUGAUGCAGAAUUGUUCUCUCUUGUUUUAUGAUCUUGGUUAAAUUGAAGGGAGUAACUCUUCUAAGCUGGAAUCAGUGUGCUUUCCUCACAUCCAUCUAUGAGGCAGUAAUUAAAGAUGAGGGGUGUUCCAUCAGUGAAAUGGGUCCUAAAACGAUUGGUCACAUCACGUGCUGAGUGUCAGUCGUGAAUGUUACCUUGGAUGUUAAAACUACAGGAACCUUAGAGAAGUUUUGUCUGUACUGUCAGGACAUGGGGAGAUGAAUGACAUCUCUCAUGGCAAUGAACUUUGUAAUGUUGUGAAGCUGGUGACAAGAUGUAAAUUGGGAUGUAACCCCUUAUUGGAACCAGAAGGGGAUGUCUUGGCUCAUGGCUGUGGCUCCAGCUUUGAAACGGAGACGAACAUUCCAUUUAGACACAGGUCUUGUGAAGAAACAAGGGCUUCUCUCCCUGGGGAGCGGAUGGCCCAGGAAAGCUGUCCCACAGCCCUUGUUCUGGACAGGCUUCUACAGAUGUGCUUAAUUGCAUAGAGUCCCCUUGUGCAGUUUAAUUCAAGAUGCCUCUCUGCUUUCUUUUGCAUCCUAGUGUUUAAAUUAGGUGCUGCCAUUUGGUCUUAAAAUCAAUUUUUUCUAUUUUAUGAAAUCUUGAAACAAACUGAAAAUACUUCCUGUGAUUCCUCCUGAUCUACAGUGAAAAGUAGGAACAUUCCAUUAGAGCAUCGUAAAAUGCAGUAGCUGUUGUUCAUGUGUUAGUAGCCUAUGGUGAAGUGACUAUCAGUGUUCAAGAUUAAAGUAGGAAAGAAAAAAAACCCAAACAAAAACUCCCCUGAGUGUCUCACUUCAGGUAAGAAAAUACAUAUUUCAUUUUAAGCCUAUCAAAAGCCCCAAGGAAAAAGGGCAAUACCUGAGAACACAGAGUUUCCUCAAUGCCUACAACGGCAAAGAGAAACAGUUUUUAAUGCUGCAGGUUUUUCAAUCUUAAAGCAAGUAAUAUUUAAGUAGUUUUUAAAAAAUAGUUGUUUUCAAGGCAGGACUGAGAACUAGAAUGUGCGAUUGAUUUAAAAACUAAGCCCAUCAAAUACUUAACCAGAUCUGCUUAAGCAGAAGAUGCUUGAAAUUUGUUGUGUGGGUACAUAUCAAAAAUCCCAUAUCGUGCAACAACUGUGUAUUGUCUUUUGAAGGCUGCACGUUUCUGAGGGCAGCUUGUCUUGCUCUCAAGGUGACUGUCUGCUCUUGAGUCUCUUUUGUUUCUAAAGAGAAGAUCUGCAAAGCUCUAAUAUUGUUAGACAGUCUGCCAGCCUUUUAAGUUUGUCUCAUCCAUGUACUCCUCAGGUGAAGGGAUUGCACCCUAAAUCUUAAUCCGGCUGCUCUGGACACCCAGGGUUCAGAAUCUGCUGUCACUUUCCCUGGAGGCUGCUGGGGAGAUGAUUGAUUUCCCUCUGUGUAGUGGUAAAAGCUCUAUUUCUCGCCUGCACUUUGCAGUUUGGGGCCUGUUUCACAUGGAUCAACCCCAUCUGUUAGUGUGCGUGGCUUCUAAACAGAGAAGAUAAAUGAGACCAAGACAGGCACUUUCUAGGACCAGUUAUUUAGAUGUCAUCAGUUCUUUUAAUGUGUUCUCUAAUGAAAAUUAGAGAUACAGAAUUGUAGAGAAUUUUGACUGACUACUGAAGGGUUUAGACAUGUCGCUUGUUAAUCACUGUAUAAAAGCAUUUUGCAGAGGUUUCUAUAAAUGUUUACACAUUGCUUUGUCUUUUGAAUUUUAGAUUACCUUGAAAGAAAGUAUAAUAAUCCUUGCUUAUCCCUAAAACGUGACACUGUCUCCACAAAUCCUUCUUGACUACAAUACUGCUGCAGGUGCACAUAACCAUGAAAAGAUUACUUCAGACACUGAAAGUAUUAGCAAGCUUGUAGUAAUCUUGCUGCUUUGGACUUCAGUAACAAAAUAAUGGAUGAGUUUAUGCUCUGAAAUGCAAAACCUAGCAAAAAAAUAUUAAUAAAUUAAUGUUGUGUCUUUUAUAAAGCUCUUGGAUUUAACAUAGACAGACGUGGUCGACGUCUGCAACGUAUUAAAAAUCCUUCGUGCUGGUGCUGUAAAUUUACAGAGCUGGAAAAGAUUUUUUUUUUUUAAUUUUUCAGAGUUUCCUGGCUUUCUGUGUGAAAACCAAUUAGCCGGGUGCUUUUUAGCUUUGUGUGUUUCAAACCCAAAACUGAGCAGCUGCUGAAAGCUCUGGAGCACGUCCUCAGGUCUCUGCUCAGCUCGGCCGGGCCCCCAGAGCCUCGCCGAGAUCCCGCGUCCCCUCGUUGCGCUGACAGCGGUGAGUCCCUUGGUUGUGUGUUCCCUAAAACCCUUCAAGGAAAUCAAGAGGCUGUUAGGUAGGAAUCCUCUGAGGUGAGCACUGUGUAGCUGCAAAGUUCCUAUAACUUAUUUAUUCCUCGCGGAGCAUCCACGCCUUGUGAAGUCACGAAUAACCGUUUGCUCUUGGGAGCUGUUCGGAGAACAACGCAGCUUGCUGCUUUCCAUUUGGAUCUCUCUACUGGGAGAACUGGGAGGGAGGAGGGAUCCUGUUUUGCUGCGGAUGGGCUCCAUUUGUCUAAAACUCCUUCCUUUCCUGGAGCACCUCUCCCUUUACCAGGAUACCCCCUGGUUUCCUGCCUGUACAUCGUGUCUCUCUUGCUGCAAAUGAGCAUAGCCCCGCAGUGGGGAAGUGCCUGUGAUAUUCUGCGUUAAAGCUACUUACUUUGGGAUAAAGAGGCACUGGUGUAGCUUUAUUUCUCGGCUGAGAUGUCUUAAUGUGAACUUCACAAUGCUGGAUUCUUGAAAUUGGAUUUUUGUUUGGCAAAUUGUCGCCUGUGGUAGAGAAAAUCCAAUUGGUGCUGUUUGCUUUACAGGAAAAGGAAUAACUGGUUUGUCCAUAGAUGUUGUCCAUAGAUGGCCCUCUCUCAUGGGAGAGAGAAAGCAGUUUGCUAAAGCCUAGAGGUAGAAUAUACUUCUUGCUGCACAUUUUCUUCCUGCUCUUCUGCCUUUCAUUUAAGUGCUUAGGAGAAAAACCCACCUGCUCUGUGGGUGCUGACACAAGGCCGCCCUGGCUGGGGCGGAGGAGACGUGCUGGUGAGCUUCAGCGAACUUCCCAAGCCUUGCUGGGACCUUCAUGGGAUCCCUGCCCUCAGUUCCAUCUCACUGGGUCACAGCUGGGAAUCUCUGUGUUGAAGCACUUGGUGGCUGCUGUUUCCAGCAGGUUUGGAGCUCAGAAAGCACCUUUGUGUCUCUCAAAGCUGCAGCACCUUCUGAAAAGCAUUUCAAAGGGCUCUUGUGCCAGAUGCUGCUUCGUGCUCUGGCCAAACUGGUCUGUGGGCAGCGUUGGUGCCUGAGGGUUGCUCCCCUGAAGGGAUCAUUUCUUGGCACUGUUUAAUAAGGAGUAUUUGUAAAUGACCAGGAGAAUUCCAAAUGUGUUUGUUGCUCUUCUCCCCUUCCCUGCCGCCCUGCCCUGGGGUUGCUUUGUGUAUGGACCUGGGACCUGCAGCAGUUACUCCUUGUUUACAGACCCUCCCUCAGGGCAGGGGGCGGGGGAAGAAUCUGUUCUGAAUGUCCUAGUCUUGUUUUAAUUAAAUUAAUACACAGCACUUGAUUUAAUUAGAUGAGGGAUGUCCCAAGCCUGCUGAUGUUGAAGUCCAUGGUUUUGUCAGCACCAACUGCAGUUGGUGGCAUUUGUUGGGGUGUUUCACCCUCCGGUGCUGCAUCCCUUGGGCAUCUCGGAACCACAAAAGCAAGGCAGAAGGAGGGGAGGUUACAAAGUUGACCCGUAUCUCUUCUCUGAUCACUUCUCUAUGUGUAUGUGUCAGUGUUUACUGUCACAGCCUACUGCUGGAGCCCCUUGUUGCACUGGAUGUAGUCACAGAGCACACGUGUGUUGCCCUUCCUGGCGCCCACAAACUCCUCGUGGUAGGAACGUCCCUGAAACCGUGUUGUCGUGCGCGGCCGAAAAUUGUGGUUUUGCUGUUUGUGUCAGUCAGUCGCUGUUUCUGUGGGUGUAAGUGUUGGAGGACAGUUGUGUACAGUUGUGGAUGGUGAAAUCACUUGUUCCUGAAUGUGCCGCGAUGGCUGUAAACAUGUAACUCACUGUAGUUAAUGCACUGCUUAAAAAAAACCCCUAAUUGUACCAUGUUUAGAGGAGCGCUGUGGCUUUUCUCUACGUGUAUUUGUUCCAGGAAGUUUUCACUUGUAUUACCAUUUAUUUUUAUUCCCUACAAAAAUAAAUACCUUGCUUUUUUUAAAGUAAA